CGUAGCGGGCAAACGUGUGAUCUACUCUUGUUUUUCUUGGGAUUGCGCGCGAAACACUACGAUAUCAUGUAAUUUUUUUUAUUUGUGCUUGCAUAUGUCCUCUAUGGUUUAUUAGCACAAAAUAUCCAAGGAGGUUGAAUAUGUAAAACUGUUCCGUGAACUUUUUAAAAUUCUCAGUGACGUGUCCCGAUUUUAAAUUGAUAAAAGAGGACCCAAUGUGAGUGGAAAUAAAGAUGGGCUUAAAGUAUCUGAUCCUAAUGAUAGCUUUCGCAACAGUCGAAAUAAAUCUCACUGAGAGUCGUCAAAAUGAUAAACGCAGAUGGAAAUCCGAAAAGUCCCCUUAUUCGCAUUUCGUUAAUAUUUGCGAUAUUCAAGACAGAGCAUCAAAAGUGCAUUGCUAUUGCGAAAGUAUAAAAAUAAAAACAGCAACGAAAGCUGACUGUUGGGUUUUUAAUGGUGGCAUUGCAGAAGAUGACCCCUUCUGGUCCAACUUUUAUUCUCAACCGAAAAUUGAACGGCUAACGUUCAAUGUGAGGACGGAUGGUGGCCUCACAUUUAUUCCAGCCAAAGUUAUUGUACGAUUGGAUCAUUUGCAAUACUUAAAUAUUCAGUACGCAAACAUAUACAGUAUACCAUCCUUUGCAUUCACAAAUUCAACGACGCUAAGGGAAAUAACGCUGCAUAAAAAUAAAAUUGCGAAAUUAGAGAAGAUGUCAUUCGCUCAUUUAAUUAUGUUGGUGAAUGUGAGUCUUGUAGAGAACCAGAUUUCGGAGAUAACAAAAGAUGUAUUCUACAUCUUACCUAAUUUACAAAGACUUUAUCUUUCAAAGAAUACAAUAGAAGUUUUACACGACGGAUGUUUUAAGCAUUUGAACAAUUUAAUCAAACUUGACUUGAAUAAUAAUUUGUUGACUGUUGUAAUCAGAGAGAAUUUCCAGGGGCUAUCUAAUUUGAUUACUUUGGAUAUGCGAAAUAAUAAAUUGAGUAUGAUAGGCGAUCUUGCGUUCGCAGAACUUUGGGGUCUUCAUGAACUUUAUUUAGAUGGGAAUGAAAUAAAGUUCAUUUCGGAAAGAGGUUUUGGUGGCUUGACACAACUUAAGAAACUUUCCUUAGCCAAUAACAAGUUAGCGACGCUGGAUGACGGAGUGUUUGAUGAUAUACAAAAGUUGAGUAUUUUGGAUUUACGAAACAAUAACUUGGAAACAUUAAAACACGAGACGUUGAGGAACGUUAUAGAUAAUAUGAAAUCGAAUUAUGCGUUAAUCUCUCUUGACGGUAACAAGCUAACCUGUGACUGUCGACUAUCCUGGCUGCACAAACUCCGUGAUGAGACUAGAAGCAAACGCGUCCGAGCCUCUCUCAACCGCCUGAACUGUAUCAUGGAUAACAAACUAAAAACCAACUUGAUCAACUUUAAAACCCAAAAGAACGAACCGAACAAAGUAAUUGCUAAGACCGACAGAACCUACGAUGAAGACGACUUCGAAGAAUAUGACGACACUUUACAAGAUCAGGACACAGAUUUAGAUUUAAAAAUCGAAUACCGUAAAAAACUACUGGACAUUCCUAAAGAUUUAUUACCUUGUCCUAGUAAGCUUAUUUCAGAGGCUUCUUACUCGCCCCCUACUCAGGACGAGGUAAAAUAUUACAAAACUUCCGGAAGUCAAACAUUACAAUCAAUUUUAAAUUUAACUAUUGUGUGUGUUUUUGUUGUUAUGUAAGCAUUAACUAAACUAUAAUAUAUAUUAUAUUAGCUUUAGCAUUAUAUAUGUUAAAUAUUUUAGGCAUAUUUUGUGUUAAAAAUAAGAGUGCGCCCGAAUAUAGGAAAAAAUAUAAUAUUCACUGUCAAUGGUAUCGUAUGUAUGGGUGUAUAGGAGGAGUUUUAAUAUUCAUUUUAUAAAUAAGAAAUAAUUCGUUAUAUAAUAAAUAAUAUUGUAAAUAUAGAUUUAAAUAAAUUUACACUUAAUAGUUUCAAAGAAAUGUUUUCUUUAUUAAAGAAAUAAGUUAGUGUUCAGAUUUAGAUGUAAAAGUUUAAAUCGUUGUUAUCUUUUUAAUGACGUAUAAUCUUAAAGUUAAAUUGAGAUUAUACGAGAAACUGUUGAUUAAAUUGCUUUCACUACCCAAUGAUGUCUUAAAAUGAAAGUUGAGAAUUUAUUGUACAGAAAUAGUGCUGUAUUUUAAUACACAUUUUAUGCUAAUGCUUUGAAACAUAUUUUAAUAACUUUAAAUUAGUGUAAUUAUAAUUUUAUUCCAAAUUAUAAUGCUAAAAAGCUGACAGUUGUAUAUCAUUUGUACUACACAUUUAAAGAAAACUUCUUUGACGGCAUAUAUGUGGUCAUCAUGUCUGCACUCUCUGAUCACAACUGCUGUAGCACUCGAAAUGACAAAUUUUAUCUCUUAAGGAAGUUUUAUUUAAAGGCCAACAUAAGGCUAAAAGAUUUACGUUAACAUUCGUCAUUAAAUAUGCCUUGUAAUUUAGAUUGUACAUAAAGAAUUAAAAAAUCUAUGUAUUUAAUUCAGAU